AUGGCCCAGGUCAAGCAGGUUACUACCUACCCCGAGGCUCUCGGCGAGACGGCCAGCAUCCUCUCGCUGUUCGACCCGCUGACCGCGAAGCAGUUCCCGUGGCUGAAGCCCUUCGAAGCGACCAUCUCUGAGCACAAGGGACGUAUGAUCGAGAUUCGGGACUUCGUUAUCGCGAAUCUUCAGGGAAAGACGUCGGACGGCGUGGACAUGAAGGUUGAGGAUAUCAACACCAAGCUGGUCGAGGCUCGCGCGUUCUACGGGAAGCUCACGCAGAUUCGCGACAGCAUGGCAGCGGAGCCAGCAGAGUUUACAUUUUUUGACUCUGCCAACCAAGUUGGCCUCAAUUUCGUGGCACCCAUAUUUUCUGUGAUUGGUUUCAGCAUCGCAAUGCUGGCGCUGGACAUAAUGCAUGUCGUGGACCUUGGCAUCAGCCAGUACCUGUGCGGUGCAGUUCUGUGGAUUCUCGUGGAAGGCAAUUGUGCCAACAGCACCGCUCGCGCAGUGAAGCUGCGGAGCUCGAUCGUGACAGGUCUGCUCCCGAAUUUGAAGAAGUGCGUGAUUGUCCUUGCCGUGGAGUUCGACAGAACCGAGCUAAAUAAAGAGUUCAAAAAGUGGGGGAUCAACAUAAAGUCCUUCCAGGUCGGCACCCACGGGAAAUAUCUUGGGGUAAUGAUCGGCCCGACUGGGCCUGCGGCUUCGUGGCAUCUUGUUCUGGUCAAAGUUCUUUCCAGGAUCGGGCAUAUUAAGACGCUGAAGCUCGGUUUAGUUCAGAACAUCUACGCCUACAACUCGCUAGCUUUCUCGAUCUUGACGUACCUGAUGCAGGUGCUACCGGUUAGGCCCGAGGUGAUCCGAGCCGAAACGAACGCUCUUCAAAGGCUGACCAUGGGUCCGAGGCACGCCAUCCCCACCCUGGUCCUCAAGAACUCCCUGGACUUUGGGUUCCCUGUCGAGCCCCGCAACCUCCAGGCCACGAACAAGGCCGCGAUGUUUCGGAUCGCCCUCCAGAGUUCAGCCUUCGCGAGAGUGAAGGGCGUCCCCGAGUGCUUCGAUCUUCAUGCCCGCGCGGAGCCAGAGGCCGACAGGCGCACGAAGCGCGACCGCGCGUGGCUGAAGCCAGUGGUCGAGGUGCUGGCGACCAACGGCAUCGAGAGUCCGGAGGACCUGGUCAAACUCAACGUCAGGGCCGCGACCUUCCAGCUCAACGGGCUGGUCGAGGGCAAGGUCGCUUUCCUCGAGCGCGCCGUCGCAAAGGCAACCAAGUCCGCCGAGCAGCAGGCAGCUGCCGAGGCCGCGGCGCCAAGCGGUUCACAGGGGCCGGCGAGCGCCCUCCUGCAGGCGCUCCAGGGCGGCCGCAAGCCAGCGGUCCACGUGGACAUCGCCGCAGGCCUGGGCGGCAUGACCUUGGCGGGCUUGCCGGCGUCGUGCUGGCCGUCUCCGCAACUGACCGACUGGGCGCAGGGCCAGGUCAAGGCCGCGGAGAGCAAGGGCAUCGCGAAGCCCUUCCUCUACAUGCCGAUCAAGAAAUUCCCCCCGUUCUACGCGGCGGACAAGAGGCAGCCCGACGAUCCUGAGGGGGAGCGCGGCGUCGAGCGGUCCUUCGCGCAGGAGAUCGCUCGCGGCAUCUGCCAGGCGAGGGGGUGGGCAAUCGUCGCGGCGCUCACCGGUCAGAUGCCGCUCACGGCGUCCAUGGCCCACAAGGAGGUCGUGAUGCAGCUCGCCCUGUCGGCGCGGGCCAUUGGGCGCGCGACCGCGAUCGCCGUCCUCUACGACGAGAUUGCCCGGCGCGAAUGGGCAGACCUUUCAGCGGGCCUGGGCGCCUUCGACGUCGCCGCGGCCGCGCAGUCGCAGAGCGCGGCCACCAUGCUCCGGGCGGAGCGCGAGUGCGACGCCCGCGGGUUCCAAGUGGCGCACGACCGAGCUCCAGCGCAGUCGAAGGGCAAGGCAAAGGGCGCCGGCAGGGACCACAAAGGCGGCAGCGACCACAGCGCCAAGGGCGGCAAGGCCAAGGGCUACGGCAAAGCGCUCGGCCGCCGCGACGCGCAGCCGAAGCGCACGGACGCGCAGUGCGAGUGCAUGGAAGCGUUGCGGUGGAGCGCCGCGCGUAGCCUACGCCAGUGCAUCAAAGAACGCGAGGAGCGCGUUCGGCGCAUCGAAGCCCGGGCGGCGCACUUCGAGGCAUGCCGGGAGGCCGAGGCCGCGAGAAAGGCUGCGCCACCGGAAUUCAGGCCGCUUAUCGCAGGCGCCAACAUUCCACUUUUCAAGGAAUUGGCGCGUGAGUCUGAGUGGCACGACGCAGAGUGCAUCGACUUCUUCUCGCGAGGCGCCCCUCUGUUGGGUAACCUAGAAUACAGCGGCAACGGUCGCGCGCUCAGCCCGGGAGAGCGCGCGGGCGACACUAGCGCUGAGGUAGCCCGUUUGCGUGCCAGCGCGCUCGCGUGCAACGACUUGAUACUUGCAUCAAGUCGCGAGGAUCCCUUCGCCGGCGAGCUGCUCCGUAAGACGCGGGGGGGGGCGGACUUGGGUAGGAUGUCUCCGCCGCGGGUUUUUAGGCCCGACAUCUCCGCGGCCGAGCUUGCCGCUGCUUGGGGCGAAAAAAUUCGCCUGGUGCCCAGGUUUGGGGUCUCGCAACCGAAGCCCGACGGGUCGCUGAAAGUGCGCCCGGUGGAUGACUUCACGCGCUCCAGGGUGAACGGCGCGUGCGCUCCCGCCGAGAAAUUAAGCGUGGAGGGCGCGGGCCAUCUGGUAGCGGUCGUGCGCGCCUUCUUCGAGUUGCACGGCGCAUUUCCCGAGCUGUGGAAAGCGGACAUAGAUUCCGCUUACCGCCGCAUCCUGCUGGCCCCCGCCGAUAGGUGGGCCGCUGUCAGUGUUUUCAAGGAGGGCGGCCGCCUGUGGUGCUCGCAGCACCUGGUCUGCCCGUUCGGCGCGCUAGCAUCUUGCCACGACUGGGGCCGCGUGGCCGCCAUGCUCUCGCACUUCGCAAGGCGGCUCGCCAAGCUGCCAGUUUCGCGAUACGUAGACGAUUAUUUUGCGCCGGAUCGCCCCGGCGCGGCCGACCACGCCAUGCGGUGCUUCGCUCGCAUCGUCAGAGCCGCGCUCGGCAGCGACGCAGUAGCCGACGCGAAGCUGGCGCACGGGGCCCAGCUGGUCGUGUUGGGGCUGCUCUUCUCUUUCUGUGCGCAGGGCGUACACUGCGAGCCAGCGUGCGACAAGCGGCUCAAGUGGUCGUCCGCCAUCCGGCAUGCUUUAGAGUGCGGCACGUUGCACCAGGGUCGGGCGCUGGAAGUGUUCUCGGACAAUUCGGGGGCCGAGAGGUCAGUGGCGCGCGCGAGCGCCCGGGACUGGGAUCACGCAGCCCUCGUCCGCGGCAUUUGGUCUCUCGCGGCGCGCAUGUCCCUGUCGAUGUGGGUGCGCCGCGUCCCGUCCAAAAGCAACAUCUCGGACGGGCCGUCCCGCGAGGUCUACAGUCUCUUGCACCUGCUCGGCGCGCGCCAGGUGCCAGCGGUGCUCGAUGCGCGGUUUCACGCAGCCGAGGCCUGGGAGGCGCUGUGGCUCUCGCCGUCCCGUGUGCUGAAACAACCGGCGCUCGCGCGCGGCGGCCCGGGCGCGCUCGCGCCGGGUGCCGCGUGCGACAGCGCGGCGAAGCGAGAGCUGGCGCGCGCUUACAGGGCCGUGCGCAGCGUGAAAUUGUCACCCGUGCCCACGGGCGGCCCUCGCAAGUCCGUCGCGAGCGGCGCUCGCGGGCCGCCGUCGCCAGUGGCCAUGCAGGACAGCCCGGCCCGCGCGCGAGCUUUGGCAAUCGUCGGCUCGGCGCCGCGUUCCUUCGGGUCCUGGGGGGCUGCGGUCCGGGCGUGGGUGGCUUUCGCGCAGCGUCGCCUCAACAGAGACGGCUGCAGCGCACUGCCGCCGUCGGCCGACGAGGUGUGCUUGUUCGCGCUCGAAUUUCGCAACCCGCGCACCUUCGGCAAUUACGUGGCACAGCUUAAGAAGGCAUGCCAGUUGUUGGGCCGGGACGCGUCGGCCUUUUCGCAUCCUUCGGUUAGGGGCGCCCGCAAGGCCAUCGGGAAGCGGCGCCCCGUGAGGCGGCCGCUGAAGUGUUUCGUCCUGCUCUCGCACUUAUCGGCUAUGCUCGACGUUGUAAGUGCCGACAGCGCGAUGUGCGCGCUCUUCUUGGUGUCCUGGGGGUUCGCUCUGCGCGUGCCCUCCGAGGCCCUCUUGAUUGAGCGAGGCGACCCAUCGGCAUUUAAGGACUUCGCCUUCUCUGACGAAGACCUGCGAAGGCCAGUCGCAAGAGUCGUCAUUUUCUUUUCGGGCGAUUCUGCAACGUUGCAUUUCUCGCGGCGUAAGCACCGCGACGGCCCGACGGUCGCGGUGCGGAAUUCCUGGUGCAAGCAUUCGCGUGCGACUUGCAUUGUGCACGCGGCGCGUAGUUUUUUCGAGGGCAUUUGCGUCGGCUCGCCCGCGUUCCCGCAUAUGCGGCGAGUCGACGGCAGCGGCGUCGUCUCAGUCGCCGUGCCCGUGCAGCGCGCGAUCAGGGCGGCGGCGCGGCACGCCGGCGCACCAAGCGCGGCUUCUUCUACGAGCAGAGCGUUCCGCCGCGGGCACGCGGAGACUAGGCUCACGAUCGGCGCGCACUGCGACCUGCACCCGAGGUUGCAUUGGGUCGCGGCAGGCCUGGCGCGCCCCGACCAGGCGAGCCUGGGCGCUUGCGGCGUUGGGUUCAACGCCCAGGCGCGCGCUCUCGACCUCGAGGCGCUCGCCGAGCCAGAGUUCAAUGUGCCUGCGUCGACCGGGUGUGCUUGGGCAGAUUUCGGGCAGGAAGCCUCUCACUCCACUCCAGGGACCCGCGCCGCUAUGGAGGGCCUGCCCCCCGACCAGGACGCCAGCGCUGGCGGCGGAGCGAGGGCCUCGGGCGAGGAGCCGAGGGCGAAGUGGCCGCGGCCCGAGGGGGCAGAGGAAGCGUUCUCCAACGAGAGCCUCGCAGAUAGCUGCGAUGCAGGUGGGCCGCGCGCCGUGGUCGGCGCUGCGGCAGCGGCCCCUGCGCCCGAGUGGGCUGGCGUGAUCGACAAGGUCAAGGGCGCUAUCGUGGCCAUACGCGCGACGGGCGUGAGGCCGUUCGAGGACAGCCCCGCAGGCGUCUGGCAGGGCACCGGCUUCGUGGUGAGCCUGGAGCGGCCCACGGAGGCGCUCAUCCUCACGAACAGGCACAUCAUCUCGACGGGCCCCAUACGGGCGUGGGCAACGUUCGACGAGCACGAGGAGCUGCCCGCCUACCCCGUGUACCGCGAUCCCAUCCACGACUUCGGGCUGCUGCAGUUCGACGCCACGCGGCUGCGCUUCACCCCGCCCUGCGAGAUCCCGCUGUCGCCGAGCGGCCUCAAGGUGGGCGUGGAGGUCCUCGUGAUCGGCAACGACAACGCAGAGAAGAUCCAGAUUCUGCCCGCGACCAUCGCCAGGGCGGACAGGAACUGCCCCGAGUACGACGACACCAACUACCAGGACGAGAACACCUUCUACGCUGGCGCUGGCUCCAACACCUCAGGCGGAUCCUCUGGCUCCCCAGUCAUCGACCGCAACGGGGACUGCAUCGCCCUCAACGCCGGCGGCGCCAACGAGGCCGCGAGCGCGUACUACCUUCCGCUCGACCAGGUGGUCUACGUGCUUGAGUGGCUGAAGAGCCACCGUGGGGAGGCGCCGCUGCCCCCGCGCGGAACGCUGCUGACGAAGUUCCUCUUCCAGCCCUUCGACAUGCUGAGCAGGUUGGGGUUCACGGAGGAGCCCCCGCUGGUGCUCCCGGGGCAGGGUCUCGUAACACUGAGCAAUGUCGAGUUCUAUCAUGAGAGCCAGCAGCAGUGA